GGUCCAGAUGUAUGUACAGUCUAUGGUGGGCGCAACAUGGUUAAAAAGUUAUCGGAUCAACAUGGAGCACGAGUGAGCACGAGGCUACGAACAGAAUCACCUAUUGGCCACGUACAGUCGCGGAAAUGGCUAAUUUCGCGAAAGAGCAAUUGAUGAAGUACGGUUGGAGAGAAGGGAAAGGACUCGGUAAAGAUGAAAAUGGCAUAACGAAACCCGUGAGACUCGCGACAAAUCAGAAUAAGGCGGGUUUGGGAUACAACGAGACCGAUCCUUGGAGAGAGCUGUAUGAUAAAACUAUCAAAGCAAUUAAAAUUGAGUCGGGCAACAACACAGCUUCUUUGUCCGUUGACAGUACAAAGAACGCUUUGUGCUUUGGAAGGGAAAAAACUGUACUCCCAAAGUUUCGUAAAUCGCCAAGCUUCGUGGAGUUGAGACUUGAGAAAUAUACUGACGAAUAUGCGUUCCCUCCAAAGCUAAAUCCUGAACAACGGAAGACAAUGAGACGUGAUCUUGCAUCAAGUGGAAAAUUGAAAAGGAUCGCGGAGCAGGAUAGGAAAUUUUUAUAUGAGUCUUAUUCUCCAGAGCAAACAUUGAACGUAAAUACAGAUCUAGAGCGGGUGAACGACAUCGUUGACUGGAUGACAAACGCCACGUCAGACGUUUUCACGUCACUCAAAGUGAACAAGCAUGAAAGAGGCGAGUUUGAAAAUAUGUUGAAAUAUGGAUUAAAUUGGCUUACCCAAGUGAGUCCUGAAACUGUAAAGAGACUCGGAAACAGAAGAAGAAAUAAGGAGCAACUGAGCACUUGUAAUUUCGAGGGACGCAGCGAAAAGCAUGAGUCUAUGAAUAACAGAAUGCUUUGCCAAAGGAUGGAGAAGAAUAAUGUGCUGCUAGAAGAGAUAAUGGCAGUAUUGGAUUGUUUAAGGGACGAUACAGAUAAAUCUGAUCAAUUCUCAAUUGUUCCUAGUGUAAAUCUAAAUGACUUUCGUAAGAAGCGAACGGAGUAUUUUUCCCAAGAAACUAAAAGGGAGAAAUUAAAAGAAUUUAGAACAUUUUACGCGUACGAUACAGAAAUGGGUAAGUACAAAGUGGAAUUGUGUUCAGAAUUGAGAAAUAGUAUUGAGGGAAGCGGAGUGAUAGAUGAGCAAUGGAAUGAUUUAAAAGAGGUAAUAAUCGAUUUAAAAGAGGAGAAGCGACAGAAGUGUGGUAGCAAUUUGAUAGCUCCAAUAAAUUCGAACCAAUGCGGCCAGUAUGUCUUAAAACCAGGAAAUCGUUUACACGAGAAGGACGAGUUAAUCAAGGAACCAAUGAGACAAAUCAGGAAAUUCGAUAGGCAGACAAGCAGUUCGACACGGGCGAAAAGCAUUCGUGAAAUGAUAAAUAAAGAUAAUGUAAAUUCUUUAAUAAAAAACUUAACGACGAUGGGUCUUACCAAAGAGGUAAAUGCAAACACCAUUAGAAGAAAACCUACUCAAACUCAUCUCACACCUGUUUAAAAAGGAAGAAAAAGAAAUGAAAAAAAAUUAAAUGAUGCUGACAAUCGAGUAAUUUUUUGCUUUUAUAAUUUCAAGGUAUUUUUAUAUUUAAAUAUUUUGCAGAAUUGCCAUUCGUAUGGUAAACCAUUAGGAAAUUAAAUCAUGUACUCGAUAUGAUACCAUCGUCGUAUCCAAUUAUAAAUGCCGUUUAGCGUUGCACAGUUUCUAUGUAUGUAUGCACGUAAAACAAAUGCGCGCGUAUAAUGUAUUUGUUCGAUAUAAAACACGCCUUCGAUAUUGUAUUCUUAAUAAAUAUCUGCAUCGAA